AUCGCGUUGUUUGCCCGACAUUUCGUGCAGCCGCAGCAGCGCUAGUUUACAAAGACGGGAGCGAGCAGCCGAGACGUCCGUGCAUGAAUCAAACCUGAGUGUGUUAGUUGACAGAUUCCUCGGUUAUAGGCCUGUUGAUUAGCAGUCAGUAUGGCGGUAGUCAUCAGACUGCAAGGUCUGCCCAUUGUGGCCGGCACCAUGGACAUCAGGCACUUCUUCUCUGGCCUCACCAUCCCUGAUGGGGGAGUGCACAUCGUAGGUGGUGAACAUGGCGAAGCCUUCAUUGUCUUUGCUACUGACGAGGAUGCUCGGCUGGGGAUGAUGCGCACAGGUGGGUCCAUUAAGGGCUCCAAAGUGUCGUUGUUGCUCAGCAGUAAGACAGAAAUGCAGAACAUGAUUGAGUUGAGCCGUCGCAGGUUUGAGGCCGGAGCAGGUUCUGCCGAGACUGCUCCACCAACAGCCGGAAGCGCUAACCGCCAAGCUGCCGCCGCACCCAUACCCGCAGUGCAGUCGGUAGCAGGGGGCAGAAGUGGUAGUCAUGGAAACCAGGGUUUCAGUAAUACUACAUCUGCAGUUACUGCAGCAAGCUCUUCUCAGGAGACUCAGAGUAACAAGGCUGUGGCCAGCCUGGCUAGCAUGGUGCCUAGCUUCCCCAACAGCUACAGCUCCGCCCCCGCCAUCACCACUGCACUAGCAUCUCUCAAUGCAGGACCCCCUCCCAUGGCGCCGCUUCCCAGCAUGACCUCCAUGCCACCAAUGCCUACGUUGCCCACAAUUCCUGUUCCUCCUCCAGUAUCAUCACUACCCCCUGUCCCCACUGUUACACAACUUCCCCAAGGUCCUCCUGUACCACCAAUGUCUCACCUUCACCACAUGUCCUCCCUGCCACCUUUCAACCCCUCCUUACCUCCACCUGCAGGACUUGGCACAGGCCUCCCCAUCGGUACCCCAAACCCUAUGCUGUUCAACCCCCUGUCCCCUCUUGCAUCUCUUGGCCUCCAGGCUCAUAUGAAGGCCGCUGCAGUCACAGUUGCUGGAGCAGGUGUGUCCAGUCCAGAUGAGAUGUUUGUCCUCUUGCAGAAUCUCCCAUUUUCCUGUUCAGAGAUGGAGGUCAGGGAGUUUUUCCGGGGUCUGGGGGUGGAUGGAGUGCGUUUGUUGAGGGACGGACAAGGUCGUCCAACUGGUCGAGCUAUGGUCAAGUUCUUCUCCCCUCAAGACAGCUUUGAAGCUGUGAAGCGUGGUGGUGGCAUGAUGGGGCAAAGGUUCAUUGAGAUCACGCCAGGCUCUGAGAGGCAGUGGUCCAGUCUUAAUAACAGCACUAUGGUUCAGACUUCUCAAAAUAGCGGAAAGCCAAACAGUGAAUCACAGGACCAGCAUCACCGUCGUGGUAAUAUUGGCCUCGCUGGAAGGGAUCAACGAGGAAGGUCAAGAUCCCCACAUCGGCAGGAGUUUUGUGUGUACCUGAAGGGCCUUCCGUAUGAGGCUGACAAAAAACAGAUUAAGGAAUUCUUCAAGAACCUAGCCAUUGUAGAGGACACCAUGUACAUUGCCUAUGGACCCAAUGGGCGAGCCACAGGAGAAGGCUUCCUGGAGUUUCAAACAGAACAGGAUUAUAAGACGGCACUGGGUGCUCACAUGCAGUACAUGGGUUCCCGCUUCAUUCAAGUACAUCCAAUUAGCUACAAGGGAAUGCUUGAAAAGAUAGAUGCCAUUCGUAAACGGGAAGCAGCACAGAGUGAUGGUAAGAAUCAGGAUGCCCUGAGAACACCAAGGAACUGUGCACAUAUCACUAACAUCCCUUACAAUAUCUCAAAGAAGGAUGUCCGUGCCUUUUUGGAGGGCAUUGGGCUUUACGAAGACUCACUAAAGGUUUUGACAGACAGUCAUGGGAACGGUUUAGGGCAGGCUAUAUUCCAGCUUCAAACUGAGGAAGACGCUCGCAAAGCUGAAAGACUGCAUCGCCAGAAGCUCAAUGGCCGUGAUGCUUUUGUUCACUUGGUGACCUUUGAACAGAUGAAGGAAAUUGAGAGAAACCCUCCUCCGCAAAACAAGAGAGGCCAAAGAAAUCAACAUCAGAACCAACAAAACCUGAAUCAGAGCCAGCAUCUGCAGGCUCAGCCAGUUCCACAGCAGCCCCAGAUCAACCCAUUUGCUGCAAUCAGUGGAGAGGAAUUUAGCUUUCUGAGAAAUACCAUGGGAACCAUCAAUAGUGCCCCAUUUAUGACUCCAUUCUCUGCUCCAGGAAAUGGGCUAGCAGGUCCCCCUCCACUCCCUCCAUUGGCAGCAGGACUUGGGGAAGUGAAUCUAGCUGUUGCACCCCCUCUCGUCGCUGGUCUUCCUGCAGCUCCCAUUCUGGAGCCACCUGGCUUUCGACCCGGCACUGUAGGGGGGGCUCCAUUCAGUCAGGAUGGGCUGAGAGGCUUGGUGCCCUUUGAUAAUACCAACAGGAAAGGAGGGGGAGGAGGACAGAACAGAGGGGGAGGGGCCAACAACAGCAACAACCAAGGGCGUCAAGGGGGGGGAACUGCUGGUGGACAGCAGGCGUUCAACCCAGGUGCUGAGGGUCUCCCACCUGCCCCCGGAGGAGCCAACAACCCAAAUGGUCAGCGCGGUGCUGCCAGCCCAACAAUAGUAAAGCUCCAGAACAUGCCAUUCACUGUCACUAUAGAUGAGAUCAUGGACUUCUUCUAUGGUUAUGAGGUGCUGCCCGGUUCAGUAUGUUUGCAGUUCAGCGAAAAAGGCCUGCCGACUGGCGAGGCUAUGGUGGCCUUCCAGAAUCACGAAGAGGCUGCGACCGCUGUCAUGGACCUCAAUGACCGACCUAUUGGAGCUCGAAAAGUCAAAAUGAGUCUGGGUUAAAAUCCUGGCCAGAACAAACUAACCAACUGUAGAUACCUGUUAUCUCUGUGUCACCCACCCCUACAUACAAAUAAUUUAUACCAUAGCAACACAAUUUGCAGACUUUGCCGUGCUGGCUAACCUCCUGUAUGUUGCUGAAGGCUCAGGAGCGCAUGUGGAAGCUCUGCCCAUCCCUCCGGGGGAAGAAUCUAUUUCAGUGUUCUUUUUCUUUCUGAUGAUAACAUUGGUACAGUAUGUAGGCCCUUUACUGUGAUAACGCUGUCAUCUUAACCUGUAUUGUUGCUAUGGUAACGCUAACAUGUUUCUGUAUCUGUGUAAAUAUCCUGUGUCCUUGCUGUGGUUUCCCAUUGACAUGCUUGUGUGAUGCUCAAAUGAAAGCUGUAUGUUGUCAUUUUGAUGCUGCCGUUGCAGAACCAUGACAUGUUCCGUUGCUGUCACGCUCUGUCCCCAUAUGCUUAAAUGAUUAACUUGGUUAUGUUGAAACAUGCUUCAGAUGAAAAGCUUUUUCGCCUCUGUGAAAUGUUUGCUGUCUCUAUGCUUGUCUUUCAUGCCUCUGUUGCGAUGAUGAUGAUGAUGAUGAUGAUGAUGAUGAUGAUGAUGAUGAUAAGCAGCUGUAUAUUAUCAAAUGUGCUGCUCAACUGCUUUGGUGUAAUGUUGACCUACAACAUGAAGUUGUGUUGAAGAUGGGCACCUUGUUAUAGUGACAGUUGUGUCAUCAUGGCAGACAACAGGCUCUGAUGCUAUGUAGUGGGAUAGACAGUUUGCGGUCUCCUGUUUUAUAUCAGUGAAGAUGUUGAGUCACUGAAUUAUUUUUUUUAUGUUGCCGUCUUUGGACCCCACUGAAUCACUUGUGCGUACGUAAUGUACACUAGCACACAAACAAAAUUACACGUAUGAAGUUUAGGUCUCCAGUAUCUUUUGGUUUUGGUAGCUUUUUGUUGUAUGUAUUUUGAUUACUAUUGGGGAUGUUUUCUCUAUUAAACAUCACUUUUGUUUAUACUGUCAGUGUGAACAAGUCUGUAUGAUGCUAUACAACAUGCAUGCUGUGGUGUCCCCUUCCUUUUGGCUAAUAAAAAGGAUGUUCCUGACGUACA